CCUCUACAGUUUAAGGGAAUCUUGAGUGGGUGAAGGGACCAGAAAAACCCAGGAAGUAGAGAAAAAGCAUUGACAUGCCUAGAAGCGCCUGAACUCCCAUCUCAUCACCAAUUGGCUAGGGUUACCCUGGUCACUGCCUGUGAUUGGCUGCCCCCACAAACACACCGCCCCCUGGGCGAAGCCAUCCUGGGCCCAGCCGGCCGCUCAUUGGCUGCCGUCCUGCUACCGGGGCCUGGAGCCGGGUGUAGUAUCCUAGGAGCUGCGGGCUACCGGGCCUGCACUGCCGGGCUUUGGGCUCUGGGCCUCCGGCGCUCUCUGGCCCUAAGUGCUGAGCUGCUGGGAGCGGCCGCUUCUGACGCUGGGCCACUGGACGCUGCGGAACCGGGCUUCUUCACUUUGAAUUUCUGCCGCGAAGCGCCAGUCCGGGCCCAGGAGGGAGCCUUUACCACUUCUCCCUGAUUUCAUUCAUGUUCUGAGGAGGGUGUGAGAAGGAACCAUGGAUCCCACAGCCUUGGUGGAAGCCAUUGUGGAAGAAGUGGCCUGUCCCAUCUGUAUGACCUUCCUGAGGGAGCCUGUGAGCAUUGACUGUGGCCACAGCUUCUGCCACAGCUGCCUCUCCGGACUCUGGGAGAUCCCAGGAGAAUCCCAGAACUGGGGUUACACCUGUCCCCUCUGUCGAGCUCCUGUCCAGCCAAGGAACCUGCGGCCUAAUUGGCAGCUGGCCAAUGUUGUAGAAAAAGUCCGUCUGCUAAGGCUACAUCCAGGAAUGGGGCUGAAGGGUGAUCUGUGUGAGUGCCAUGGGGAAAAGCUGAAGAUGUUCUGCAAAGAGGAUGUCCUGAUAAUGUGUGAGGCCUGCAGCCAGUCCCCAGAGCAUGAGGCCCACAGUGUUGUGCCAAUGGAGGAUGUUGCCUGGGAGUACAAGUGGGAACUUCAUGAGGCCCUCGAACAUCUGAAGAAAGAGCAAGAAGAGGCCUGGAAGCUGGAAGUUGGUGAAAGGAAACGAACUGCCACCUGGAAGAUACAGGUGGAAACCCGAAAACAGAGUAUUGUAUGGGAGUUUGAGAAAUACCAGCGAUUACUGGAGAAAAAGCAGCCACCACAUCGGCAGCUGGAGGCAGAGGUAACAGCAGCUCUGGCCAGCCUACAGCAGGAGGCAGCGGAGACCAUGCAGAAACUGGAGUUGAACCAUAGUGAGCUCAUCCAGCAGAGCCGGGUCCUGUGGAGGAUGAUUGCGGAGUUGAAAGAGAGGUCACAGAGGCCUGUCCGCUGGAUGCUGCAGGAUAUUCAGGAAGUGUUAAACAGGAGCAAAUCUUGGAGCUUGCAGCGGCCAGAACCAAUCUCCCUGGAGCUGAAGACAGAUUGCCGUGUGCUGGGGCUAAGAGAGAUCCUGAAGACCUAUGCAGCUGAUGUGCACCUGGAUCCAGAUACUGCUUACUCCCGUCUCAUCGUGUCUGAAGACAGAAAACGUGUGCACUAUGGAGACACCAACCAGAAACUGCCAGACAAUCCUGAGAGAUUUUACCGCUAUAAUAUUGUCCUGGGAAGCCAAUGCAUCUCCUCAGGCCGGCACUACUGGGAGGUGGAGGUGGGAGACAGGUCUGAGUGGGGCCUGGGAGUAUGUAAGCAAAAUGUAGACCGGAAGGAGGUGGUCUACUUAUCCCCCCACUAUGGAUUUUGGGUGAUAAGGCUGAGGAAGGGAAAUGAGUACCGAGCAGGCACUGAUGAGUACCCCCUCCUGUCCUUGCCAGUCCCUCCUCGCCGGGUGGGAAUUUUCGUGGAUUAUGAGGCCCAUGACAUUUCCUUCUACAAUGUGACUGACUAUGGCUCCCACAUCUUCACUUUCCCCCGCUAUCCCUUCCCUGGGCGCCUCCUGCCCUAUUUUAGUCCUUGCUACAGCAUUGGAACCAACAAUACUGCUCCUCUGGCCAUCUGCUCCCUGGAUGGGGAGGACUAAGAGAGCUAUCAUCCUAACCAGAGAGCCCUUGGAAUUGGGCCUGGCCCCCAUGGGGCUUGGAGGACCCAGCCACUGACAGGUAUCCCCUGAAACUGACGUGAGCUCAGAAUCCAAGGAUUCCUCUGUCUGAUCCUUUGGUCAUUGCUACCAGGCUAAAGUCUGUCAUGAAACCACUUAUUUUAAAAAGCAGAGGCCCAGUCAAAUGAGCACUACACCCCAUGAGGAAAGCGUGACAGGGCUGAUGGUGAGGAUCAGAGCAGUUCUAAGGUGACUUGUUGGGGUAAGGAUCAGGACUUUGUCCGUGGAGUAGCCAACGCUCCUCUUCCCUGAUUCCUGUCCGGUGUCACAGUUAAGUCAGUGAGGAUGAUGAAGUAGACACAAUCUUCAGGACACCAUUAGAUAGGCUUUCCCAAUAGGCCAAAAAAAUGCUGCCCAUACCCAGAGCUGGUUGUUGUGCUGAGGCCAGUCAGAGGAUGCUUCCCCUGAGGUUUGCUACAACUAAGCAACCUUUAUGUGACCCUCACUCUCUUACCACCUGGCAAGAGAAAUUCAGUGCAGCAGGGGGACACUGACCCACCCAAGCCACCCCACUGCCGUUCCCUCUCUGAGCACAACCUGGGCAAAUCACUGUCCCUUGGACUCCUGGGAGACCAGUGUCCUAGUCCUGCUUUUUUUCUCUAAGUGGCAGGAUCAGAAAACCUGUGAGCCUUAGUUUGUAUUUUCACUUUAUGAAUGAGGAAACUGAAAUGACCUUAAUGGAGCAAGUUAUGUCUUUUUUUGUUGUUUUUUUUUUUUGAGAUGGAGUCUCACUCUGUCACCCAGGCUGGAGUACAGUGGCACAAUCUCAGUUCACUGCCAGCUCCACCCCCUGGGUUCACACCAUUCUCCUGCCUCAGGCUCCCAAGUAGCUGGGACUACAGCAGGCACCCACUACCACACCUGGCUCAUUGUUUUGUAUUUUUAGUAGAGACGGGGUUUUACCAUGUUAGCCAGGAUAGUCUCGAUCUCCCCUCGUGAUCUGCCCACCUCGGCCUCCCAAAGUGCUGGGAUUACAGGCAUGAGCCACCAUGCCUGGCCGCUGGAGCAAGUUAUUUCUUACAAAGCUGCUGAAGAUAAGAUUAUAAAAAUUAUAAAGCAUUUUUCACACUCAUAUGAAACAAGGUUGACAAACUCACUUCACAGGUCACAUGCCUGUACAUCAUUUAUUAUAUUUGGGUCUGAAACUUCUCACGUGUUUGGAAGGUUUUAUGUGUCCUCAUUGGGAAAAUGGGUGUAAUUCAGCAUAAAACCUCAUAUUAUUGUCCUGCCUCAUGGAACUGUUGUAUAGAUCCCAGAUCCAUCCCAUGCAUUUGUUCCGUCUGAGGCACAGAGGCAGGCAAGCCACAGAUUUUGCACGUGGUGACCUUGCCACUGUGCCACGAUACAGCCCGCAUCUUAUAGCAGUGUCUUUGUCUCAGGGCCUCUCCUGACAGUCUAGAGUCUUUCAGGCAGAAAUGUGCUUCAAAUGGCUGUGAUAAGGAAUACUAAAAAUUGUGUUUCUACUUUAAUUGUAUUAUAUUGGCUGUUCACAUAUGUAGGAGUUAAAACAGGCCAAACUUGGAGAAAUAAACUCAUUCUGCCCACCAUGCUUCCAGGCUGCAUCUUGAGAAUUAGCAGUAGAAGGGGAGAAGUUUCCAUCAUCUGCUUGGAGGGGAAUGAGCUGGUGAGUCACAGACCCUGGUGCUGGCAAAGGGUUGAGCCUGCCACCGUUAGAGAAGCAUCUUUGUCGGGGGAUUCCCUGGGGAUAAUUGAGAAGUAGGUCCCUAGGAAGGACUUCAGUUAAUGUCUGUGGACACUUGGCACAAAAGGGUUAAGGAAAAAUCAAUGUUGUUCUUUCGCUAUUAGGACAAAUCUUGGAAGUUUCCUAGAAACGGAGGAUUGUUAGGUGAUGAAUUCAUUCAAACUUAGAAUGAAGGAAGGAAUGAAAUGGCGUCAUUGGUAAUGUACUCUUUUAGGUUAGUUUGAUUGUUUUUUACAUUUAUAAGCCUGUUUGGGUACUCUGAUUACUUGUUAGAAGAGUUGUAAGGUUAAAUAAUCCACAUUAUUACAGAUUGUCUGAUUUUUAAGACCAGACAAGAAGAUUGAAGCUCUAAGUGCCUGAAAACCGUUUUCUACAGAGUAGUUGUUUACACUUCCCUCCUGAGAACCAUAUGAAAACAAGGACCUUAUUUGUCUGUUCACCAUUGUACCCCUAGUCUAGUACUGUGUGUAUGUGCGUGUGUGUGUGUCUGUGUGUAUUAAAUAUUUAAGUGAGGGAACUUUCAUUCAUAGACUAGAAUCAAAACAAAAAUAACCUGCUUUUAUCUGAAAGGGGCAGUGAAAACUAGAGGAUACCUAAUUAUGCUUCUGUUCAAAUAUGAAUUUAAUGGGUAAUUUCUUUUACCGUACCUUUCAUAAGUGGUCUAGUAGGGCAAGAGGCAGGUGUCACGUGGAGGUGGAGUCCCUGCACUGCUCCCUGCAAUGCCUAGAGUGGCAUCCCCAGUUUGGUGUAAGCCUUCACUGCAAGGCAGGGAUGAGCUUUGCCUACCCUUGUUUUUCAGAGAAACUGGGAGAGGCAAUACCUGAGCCUUAAGGGAGAAGGCUGCAAAGACGGUAAAAUGCCAGGAUACUGCAAAAAAAGAAAGAAAGGGAGACAUGGGGCAAAGCCUUAGGUUCACAACUACCUACAGAUAGGCAGUCUUCAUUUGUUUCAAUCAAGAUUGGUUGUAAUCUCUUAAAAUCCAAACAUGAAGGGUCUACUGUGCAUCCCAGGCACUGGUUAAGAGAGCACACAUUGCUUAAUGUGAUGGGCCAGGGGCAGUGUCUGAAUGUAUGGUAAGAAGCACAGGUGUUUCCAUUUGGGGUAGCCAUGGAAAGGAAUCCGCACCCUUUGGGAAGUAUGUGGUUCAGUAAAUACUUGAGUACUAGCAGUGGGUUCCAUCUGCUUUUAGAAAAAAAAAAAAAAUGAGAAUGAAACAUAGACCUGG